AUGGAGGAGCCAAAGAAGAAGUUAGCAAGGGCCAAAGGAGAAAAAGUUGGCACGGAUGAUGAAGACGGCCGAUGCCUGCUAGAUCUGCAUGCACUGGAGGAGUCCUCGGGAAAACCUCUGAGCACAGAGCCGAGUCGGCCCCCCACCAACGUGGACCCUCGCCUUUUAGAAGAUGAAGACCUGGGCUCACCAUCCAGCAGCGGAGUGAACCUGAAGAACUCGCAGCAGCCCUGCAACAUCCUCCAGCAGCCCGUGCACCAGGUCACCACAAAGCCCUUUGGUUCCAACACUGCUGUGACCACGCAGAACAAAGCCGCCCUGCAGCAGCAGAAGGUCCAGCAGAACCUCUCUGCCCUGACCAGCAAACCCGGGCAGAACGUGGUGCUGUUGGGCUUCCCCCAAGGGCUUCCAAGCGACACCUUCAAGCAGCCACUGCCACCACAGCAGCGAGCCCCCAGCAAGCCCAGGAGUGUCCACCUGCUGAGCCAGGGCAGCAGCAGCAGCAGCGCCACGCAGCACGUCGCGCAGGCCAUGCUGCAGGGCCAGAAGCAGAUCCUGCUCCCCGGGCAGCUGGCGGGUGCCUGCGCUGUGCAGAUCCCCCAGCAGCUCUCGGCCCUGCAGACCAACAUGGGGAGGCAGAUCCCGAGCACCUCCCGCCCCAGCGGACAAGCCCACACCACAACCAGCCAAGGGCCGGGCGCACGGCUGAGCAUCUACCAAGUCUUGCCAGCCCACAUCCUCUCCAGCCAGCACGUCGCCGGGCAGCUGAACCUGUGCCACCUGCUCCCAUCGCAGAGCACCCCUGGCACCGCUCACAUCCUAUGGGCUCCCAUGCAGCUCCAGCCCAGCCAGGUUCCUCGAGGGAUUCUCCUGCAGCAGAAGCAGCAGCCCCCCACCAGCCAGGCCCCCUCCGCGCUCGGCACAUGCAGUGCCACGGUCUCCUCCGGGAUGGUCAGCAGGCAGGGACAGGCGGUGGCGGCCACGGCAACAUCAGGGACCCCCAUGCAGAGCCACGCGCCCACUGCUGCCCUCCCACCCUCCUCUGCAGGAAAAAGGCGGUGGGAUGCCACCUGUCAGCGCAGGGAGCCAGGACCAGGGCCAUCCAAACGUGCUGCUCGGUCACGCCCAGGUGCUUUUGGUAACUCUCUGCUUUGCACUGAAACGUCCUGGGGGAAUCCAGAACAGCGUUACUUAACCACAAACCCAUCCGCUUUCUCUCUGGCAGGCAUUUCCACCUCAGUUCCUGGGGACAGCAGAGCCUUCCCCAGCACUUCCACGCUGGUCUCUCCUGGGAAGGGGACUGCAGCCCAGGGGAGGUCAGGGACAGCUCAUGCCAGACAGCAGCCAGUUCAGUACGACAGCGAACUCCAUCCAAAGAAAGCCUCGACACUGCAGCCCGGCAAGGAAGCCUGUUUCCUGGAGCAGCUGCACAAACACCAAGCCAUGGUGCUGCACCCUGACUACCGGACCCCAUUCCGCUCCUUGGACGACGCCGUGCAGCGGCUCCUGCCCUACCACAUCUAUCAGGGAACGCUGCCCUCCGACGAAGAGUGCAGGAAGGUGGACGAGGAGUUUGAGGUGGUGUCUGCCCAGCUGCUAAAGCGCUCCCAAGCCAUGCUGAACAAGUACCGCCUGCUGCUCCUGGAGGAAUCCCAGGUGAGCCCAGCGUCCUGCUUUCCCCAGGGGUUGGAAGCGCAGGCAUUUGUCCAAGACCGCCCGCUUUCCUGGGUGGAGUUUCCCUGUUGCCUGGGUGGGCUACAGCCACAGAGGAGCCAGUGGGGACUCAGCCCUGGGCUUUCUGCACGAACUGGGAAGCUUUCCUCUCCCUGCCGUUGGCUCCGACUGGUCUCCGCAAGCCCUCGGUGUUUCUAUUGUCUUGAAUUUGGCAAAAGGCAGCUCCUUGUGAACAGGGAUGGGAAUAAUCUGGGAGAAGAAGGAACUCCAGCGUGUCAUGGUGGCGAUGUGUAACCGCAGCUGCUCUUCCUCCCUGUCCUUUUCU